UCGAUUUUUGUUCCACACCUAGACGUUCUGCCACCACUAAUAAAAAUGGCGUUCGAAGUUGUAGUUAAAUUUUUAAGGGAAUCCAUCGUAAAACAAUAGCGCGUGUGGCCGCGACAGCAAAAUUCGCGCAUUAUCAACCGAUCCGUUCGUGGGCGUGCGUGGUUUGUAGAUUUUUUGGCCGAUUUCAAGUGAACUAGAGCUAUAAAACUGUGCCUCCGUUGGUUAUUAUUGCAAAUUCUAGUACCACUCACACACACUCGCACACACAUCGUUGUAGCGAAGGAAAUACGAGUGCGAGUAAAUAGUGAGGCACCCAUACUGGAGCAGCGACUAAAUUAAAGUUAAUUAAACGCCUAGCGGUAUUUCAUUUAAUGCAAUUUGUGAAAUAAUAGAGAGAGAGGGUGAGACAAAUCGAGACUCCCCUCCCGCUCUCACCUACAGCAUGCGUGAGUAGCCCUGUGUGCGUGAGAGAGUGAGACAUGUGCGUGUGAGGUGCAGCAGCAGCAACAACAAUAGUAACAACAACAGCAGCAAAACAAAUUCGGCUUGUAAGAACUGCAAAUCGGUGUUAUUAUUUAUAUAUCUAUGUGCGUGUGAAAUGACACACAGCAACAAACGUAAAAACUACAACAAUUGCAACCGUCAAGGCUACCGCAACAGCAGCAACAAAAACAACUGCAGUUACCUUCGGCAAUGAAAAUACCUCUCACCGCCCUCACCUGCUCCUCCUCCUCCUUCGUUUCCUCUCCUUCUUCUUCUCCUCCUCAUUCCUCUACUUCUUUGCGCUCCGUCCGCCACUUCAACAACAACAACAAACAUGCACGCGGCGUAUAAAUAAUCAAUAUACAAAAUAAAUCCAUUUAUUUUUAUACAAACCAAACAAUAUCAAUUAAAAGUCGGAAAUUAUGAAUAAAUUGGAUUACCCACGUCGCAAUGGUACACACAAAGUUAGAAUAACGAUAUUGUGUGCUAGAAAUUUGGCUCGCAAGGAUUUAUUUCGCCUGCCCGAUCCCUUUGCUAAGGUUCAGGUGGAUGGAACUGGCCAGGUGUACUCGACGGAGAUAAGCAAGUCCUCGCUGGAUCCAAAAUGGAAUGCACACUACGAUUUGUUUCUGGGCAUUGGCGACGCCAUCACGAUAACCGUGUGGAAUCAGCGCAAGAUACACAAGGGCAGUGGAUUCCUGGGCUGUGUGAGGAUACCCGCAUUCAACAUACAGAGCCUCAAGGGAGCCGGAUUUCAACGCUUGGACCUGGGCAAACUGUCGCCGGAUGACGAUGAGCUGGUGCGUGGUCAGAUCAUCAUUUCGUUGCUCUCGAAGGACGGACCUAGUAGUGGCAAUCCCCUGGCCAUUGUGGGACCCAGUGGUGAUGUGCGUGGCCCCUCGGAGGACGACUCUUCGGAGGAUAGCUUGCCCGAGGGCUGGGAGGAGCGCCGCACGGACAACGGACGCAUUUACUAUGUCAAUCAUGCGACCAAGUCGACGCAGUGGGACAGGCCCAGGCAUCCGGUUGUAAGCCAGACCAUUUCACCGCAGCAACGGCACAACAACCACAAUGGCAACAGUGGUGAUCGACAGGCGCCGGCUGGACCAACGCGCUCCACGACCUGCACCAAUCUGAUGAAUGGCGGCCAUCGCAGUCGGGACUCGGCGGCGGUGACGGCUUUAGAUGAACGGCGGCACUCCACGGAGAUCCUGUCCAGCGUUGGCAAGGAGAACACCAGCCCCACAACGCCUGUUUCUGUUUCGUCGGCCACUACGACGCCUGGCAAGAAGACCUCCGCCUCCAACUCAUCCUCGUCGGGAGGUCGCACUUUGGAGCAGCGUCCCACAAACGAAACGGCCACGCCCACCAGCAGCAGCACAACAUCGGCGUCGGUACGCCUCCACAGCAACGAUAAUCAUGUGAAAACGCCAAAGCACCAAACGAAUGGCCAUGCUCCGCCAGAGGCCACGCCCACAUCGCCCACGGGUCAGCAGAACUAUGUGAACGGGAAUGCUCAGAAUGGAAGUGGCACUGGCAGUGGCCAGGCGGCACAGCCCCAAAGUGCGACCAACGGGUGGACGCAGGAGGAUGCCAACACAACCACAACUGCAGGUUCGACGACGACGACGACGACGACCACCACUCCUCCCAGGCACAGCCAGAGUCCGCCAACACCGAAUACGUCGCCACCCGCUUCUGUGACCCCCUCGGCCAAUGGAAACGUUCACAGUCCGAAUGCGAACAGCACUCCAGGUGGCGGAGGAAGCCGAUCCUAUACGGCCGCCACUCCCGGUCAGCGUUCCCAGCGUCGCAGUUCGCGGCAACAGGGUGAGGAGUCCUCCACGAGGCGCCGCUCAUCGCGGGGAACUCGAAAUGGAGGCACUUCGGGCACGGGAGGAGGAGGAGGAGGAGGAUCUGGUCAGCGGUAUGCAUCGGCCAUUGCGGCGGCCAACCAGGCAGCGCGUCCCUUUUUGGAUCUGCCGCCGGGCUAUGAAAUGCGGACCACGCAACAAGGCCAGGUGUACUUCUAUCACAUACCCACGGGCGUGUCCACGUGGCACGAUCCUCGGAUACCCCGUGACUUCGACACCCAGCAUCUGACGCUGGAUGCGAUUGGACCACUGCCGAGCGGCUGGGAGCAGCGGAAGACGGCCUCGGGCAGGGUUUACUUUGUGGACCACAACAAUCGAACCACGCAGUUCACGGAUCCCCGAUUGAGUGGCAGCAUUUUGCAGAUGAUUCGAAGGGGGGCAGUGCCGCCGGCAGCCGCUGCAAGCGCAGGUAGUCCUGCUCCGCCAGCCGCCACUCCCGCAACUGCAGCAACGUCCUCGGCCACAGCAGCAGCAGUGCCGGCGCAAUCAGCAAACAACGCCGCGGCCACAACGACCACCACUACGAAUACUACUACUACCAACCCGCCCCAUCGCAUUGUUCCGGAUCUGCCGCAGGGAUUGCUCGAGGGCGCCGACCUCCUGCCCAAGUAUCGCCGCGAUUUGGUGGGCAAGCUGCGAGCCCUGCGCACCGAGCUGCAAACGAUGCAACCGCAAUCCGGCCACUGCCGCCUGGAGGUGUCGCGCAACGAGAUUUUCGAGGAGAGCUAUAGACUGAUUAUGAAAAUGCGGGCCAAGGAUAUGCGCAAGCGCCUGAUGGUGAAGUUCAAGGGCGAGGAGGGUCUGGACUACGGCGGCGUGGCUCGCGAAUGGCUGCACCUGCUCUCGCGCGAGAUGCUCAAUCCGCAGUACGGCCUGUUCCAGUACAGUCGGGAUGACCACUACACGCUGCAGAUCAAUCCAGACUCUGGGGUCAAUCCCGAUCACCUGUCCUACUUUCAUUUUGUGGGUCGCACCCUGGGCAUUGCCGUGUUCCACGGGCACUGUCUGGAUGGUGGCUUCACCACGCCCUUCUACAAGCAGCUACUGAACAAACCGAUUACGCUUGGUGAUAUUGAAGGCGUGGAUCCGGAGCUGCAUCGCAGCCUCACCUGGAUGCUGGAAAGCAAUAUCAGCGGCAUCAUCGAAUCCACCUUCAGUGUGGAGAACAAUAGCUUUGGCGCUCUGGUGGUGCACGAACUGAAGCCGGGAGGUGCCUCCAUUCCUGUCACGGAGGAGAACAAACGGGAGUAUGUCAAGCUAUACGUGAACUAUCGUUUUAUGCGCGGCAUUGAACAGCAGUUUCUGGCUCUGCAGAAAGGAUUUUGUGAGCUUAUACCCAGCCAUCUGUUAAGACCGUUUGAUGAACGCGAACUGGAAUUGGUCAUUGGCGGCAUCUCCAGCAUUGAUGUCAACGACUGGCGGAACAAUACGAGACUGAAGCACUGUACGAACGAAACGACGCAGGUGUUGUGGUUCUGGCAGGUUGUCGAGUCUUAUAGCUCUGAGAUGCGGGCUCGCCUGCUGCAGUUUGUGACGGGUUCGUCGCGAGUGCCGCUUCAGGGAUUCCGAGCGUUGCAAGGAUCUACAGGAGCGGUGGGACCACGACUCUUCACCAUUCACCUGACUGCCGACGUGCCCACCCAGAAUUUGCCCAAGGCGCACACCUGCUUUAACCGGAUCGAUUUGCCGCCCUACGAGACGUACCAGCUGCUCUGCGACAAGCUGACGCAGGCCGUUGAGGAGACCUGCGGCUUCGCCGUGGAGUAGGGACCAGCAGAUGAGAUGCAGUGAUCCUGUGACCACCACCCGCACCCAAUCCACGCAUAUGCAUAUACAUAGACACCUUUAAUUAUAUAUUAUACACAUUAUAAUGAAGCAUAUAUCAAGGCGAUUUGAAAUCAAAAUUGUACUGACCCUGGUCAAGAUGAUAAGUUUUUAUUUUUAUUUGUUUGUUGAUGAACUGCUCCCGCAGCGCUGUUUAAUCUUGUGUGCUGCGCAUUUUGCAGUUAAAAAAUUUAAUUAUUUAGCGAGUAUGUACUGACUCAUCGUAUACAUAGUUACCAAGUGCAUAUAUAUAUGAAUAUAUUCACUUUCACACCCCCAAACAGACAUAUACAUAUAUAUAUAUAUAUCUAUCCUGGCCUUUGUUUGUUUACGUCGUGGCGCGUGUUAUAAAUUGUAGUUUAAAAUAUUACGAAACCAAUUAUACAUACAAUUAUACAAGAUUAUACAUAUAUCAUAGUUGAUAAUUAGGCAUAACAAAAUUUUUAAUUGUAGGCAUUGGACCGGCAAUUCUUUCGUGCUUUUGUUUAGUUUAGAACAUAUUUUUGAUGUUUAUUAAUUACAUUUUGUACAUUUAUAAAAACCAAUCGAACUCACUGCUAAGUUUUUAAUUAUUGUUUAAAUCGUCCUUAAUCACACGCCAACAUCAACACGCUCAUCGACACAACCAAGUUUGCAUAUUUUAUAAGUAUGUGCAAAACAAAGAACUUGAAAAAUUACUCAAUUAUUAAAUUAGUUUUUUUUAAUUUUUAAAUAAACGCAAAUUAUUUAAAUUACUUUUUAUGUUGGGUUUAAUUUUAUUUCUUGCCCAUCGCCAAAAUCAAACUCUAAGGAUCAAACUUCAUAUACACGUACAUCUUUAAUACAUAUUUACAUCAGUUUUAAUGAAAAAGAAUUGGACAAAUUUCUAGGUGAUAUUAGUGAAAAUUUUAUCUGACUUUACUUAAAACAAAACAAUUGGUAGAUAUUUAAGAUCCCCCCACCCAACCCCAUUCCCAAAAGCCACCAUACCCCCAAAUGUAGUGCAUAUGUGAGAUCUAUUAAUUUUGUAUUAAAAGCGAGAAUUUAACCAUUGGAUUCAAGCAGAUAGAAGUAAUCCCCCAAGAUACAACACAAAUCGAUCGUUAACUCUUUAGCUUUAGCGAGAUCUAGGAUGCGAAUGACUAAGAAUUCUAAGGCAGAAAUCCUGCGCACAUUGACAAGGACUCUGCUCCAUUAAUCCAAAAGGAAUGAAUAAAUAAAUGAGCCUUAC